UUGUUUAUUUGCUUGUUUAUUUAUUUAUUGCUAAAGGUGUACAAGCCCUUCCCCCACGUUAAUCAAUGUUUCUUGACCUAUCACCAUAGAUGCUGCUCAUUAACCACAGCGCUGUGUGUGUGUGUGAGAGAGAGAGAGAGAAUUCCUCCACCCUCUUAUUAUAAAUAGGAGUGAUUGUUUUAUGAGCGACUUUAUCCACACUCGUCUCUCUCCUCUUUAAACUCCACUCACUGAUCAGAUCACACACUGAGGAGCUCACAGCAGAGACAUGAAGAGUGUGAAGACAUUCACAGCUUAUGCGCUGGUGUUCCUCUUGCUGUCCUCACUCGUCUCUCAGGCAUGCAGUGCUCCGAAGGGCAGGUUCCAGCGGCGUAACUGGACUCCUCAGGCCAUGCUGUACCUCAAAGGCACACAAGGACGGCGCUUCGUGUCGGUGGACAGAAACGAGGGUGACGUCUUCGACACGCUCCACUUAGAAACACAGAAUGAAAACACAGAGAACCUGAGCAUCUCCAAGGCGGCCACGGUGCUCCUCAACUUCCUCCAGCAAGUCAAAGACGAAGGAAUGGAUAACGGAUUAUUUUUGCAAGACACACCAGUUUGGAAAAGAGACUACUUCUGAGGCGGAUUCUGUGUAAAAUACGUGAAC